AAGUUCCGUUUUCGGGAAAGCUCUCACGUCUUACGCUUGUCACACCAACAUACACCUCAAGUGACUAUGGCACCAAUCAAAGUGUUGAUCACUGGUGGCACAGGGUUUUUGGGAACAGCCAUCAUACAGGCUUUCCUAGCACUCCCUGAUCCUUCUCUUUAUGCUAUCACAGCACUCGAUAUCAACCCACCGUCUCUCGGCACACAAUCGUUUUCUCAGGUUCGUUAUGUCCGCAGCAAUAUACUGCAGCGGGAAGAACUCAAGAAAGUGUUUGAGGAGGCCAGGCCAGAUGUGGUAGUGCACACUGUUGCCGUAUCUCCGAUAGGGCCUGAUAGAUAUGCCCCGUACGGAAAGAAGAGUAAGAGAGUAUGGGACACAGUCUUUGAGAUCAACAUUGAAGGCACGAGAAAUGUUGUCGAAGUCGCCGAGGAAGCAGGAGUCAAAGCUUUAGUACACACAAGUAGUGUGACAGUGUUACUUGACGAGCUCGACAAAGACUUUAGAAAUGUGGAUGAAACCUGGAGUACUGGCAGAGCAACCACAUGUUACGGAGCAUCAAAAACUAUUGCCGAGAACCUCGUGCUCGAUGCGAACAAACCGGAUUUUCUUACGUGUGCUUUACGGCCAUCUGCCCUGUUUGGACCCAACGAUCCAGUCACUAUACCCACAAUACAUGGCUGCAUCGCCAACGGGGAGACUCCAUUCAUUUUGGGAGGGAAUGAGAAUCUUCAAGACUACACAUACGUCGGGAACGUAGCUGAUGCGCAUGUCCUAGCUGUACGAAACCUUCUCAACUCGGCAACAGCAGCAGGCGAGGCCAUUUUCAUCACCAACGGCGAACCUGUUUCCCCUCGCGAUCUUUGCCUUGCUAUUUGGCGAGAGUUCGAUCACACGCCGUUUUUCCAGCUUCGCAUCCCAGAGAACUUUGCUUGGUGGGUUGGUCUGGGGUCCGAAUGGUGGAACUGGAUCAGUGGAUCGAAAGGCAACUUCAGCAGGGGCGUCAUAUUAGAUGCGACCAAAGAUCGAUAUGUUAAUAUCACGAAGGCGAGACAGAUUCUCGGAUAUGAGCCCAGGGUUGGAUUGCCUGAGGCUUUUCGGAUUAGCUGCCAGUCCUUCAAACAAAAGUUUGCUGCACAGGCGAAAACAUAGCCUUCAUGGCAAUUCAAAGUCAACUAGAUGAUCAUUUUGCACAGCGAAUGUUGACUACAGAUAGUUGCUGGGAACAUAGAGUCGCUAGCGCUUUUGCAUAAACAUUUGAAGAAUAUACCGCCGCUGUCACGGUUAGUAGUGUAGACUUACUGCCACUGUCUUCUUUUUUUCCCCAAAGAAAAAGAGGAAGAUAAUUCCUGCGAGAAUUUACACUCUCGAACUGUACGUUGAGUAGAUUGAAUACAGCCCACUGCACUGCACCACGGUAGACCCCCGCCAGCCGCACUCGGGUAAACCUUCCCUUCCCUAGCCCAUAUAAUCCCAGUAAAAAAGUCCAACCCCAUCCAUUUCC